GCGGGAGCGGCGCCCGCGGCCCGGCCCGGCCGCUGCCUGCGAGAGAGGCCUGCACCGCCGGACCGCGGCCCGGGCCCGGGCUGGGCCCGCUGCAGCCGCUGCGGCUUUGCUGGCGUUCUCUUGGCGCCCGGGCCCCCGGUAUCCCGCCAGUCUGAAGGGUCUGAGCAGGGCUCCGUGUGCUGCAGGGCCCAUAGCCCGUAAGGGCCCGGUGCCGCAGUUGGGGCAAAGCCAUGUUUAAGUGCUUUGUCAUAAAUACAUCACAUCUGAAUAUCAUGUAUAAAAUACAUCUCCUGAGCUGGGAGGAGGCGGUGGUCGAUGCCAGUUGGAUAAAGGCUGCAACAACGUUCUCAGCGGGAGAAACGGGGAUUUCCCACACGGUUUCCAUCGACCUGUAACCCCUGAAGGGCGAAUAUUGAUCGUGACGAUAUUAACAUAUGUAGGAGCCAUGGUCUUCUUUUUGCAUAUUUAGGAACAAGAAGUGGGAAUUGUGGUGGUCCAGAGCCAACAAGAUUCCGUCGAGGCGAGUGUGAUAGCAACAGAGAAAAGUGCAAGACAAGCAUAGCGAUGAAGAUGGUAGGCAGCAAAAAACACAGUACAGAAGAAGAAGCUCAGGAAACUCCAAGAUUUCAACAAAAGACUCUGACGGCACCUGCUCCAUUCGCUGAUGAAACCAGCUGUCAGUGCCAAGCACCCCACGAGAAGUUAACCAUUGCACAAGCCCGCCUGGGAACACCAGUUGACAGACCUGUCAGAGUGUAUGCAGAUGGAAUAUUUGACCUCUUCCACGCUGGCCAUGCUAGAGCUCUUAUGCAAGCCAAAACUCUAUUCCCAAAUAGCUACUUAUUAGUAGGAGUUUGCAGUGAUGAUUUAACUCAUAAAUUCAAAGGCUUCACUGUGAUGAAUGAAACUGAGCGGUAUGAAGCCCUCAGACACUGUCGUUACGUGGAUGAGGUCAUCAGAGAUGCACCCUGGACACUGACACCUGAGUUCCUUGAAAAACAUAAGAUUGACUUCGUAGCACAUGAUGACAUCCCGUACUCUUCCGCUGGAUCGGAUGACGUAUACAAACACAUAAAGGAGGCAGGAAUGUUUGUACCUACGCAGAGAACCGAAGGUAUCUCCACAUCGGAUAUCAUCACUCGCAUCGUGCGCGACUACGACGUGUACGCCCGGCGCAACCUGCAGCGAGGCUACACCGCCAAGGAGCUGAAUGUCAGCUUCAUAAACGAGAAGAAAUACCGCUUUCAAAACCAAGUGGACAAAAUGAAAGAAAAAGUCAAGAAUGUGGAAGAAAAGUCAAAAGAAUUUGUUUACAAGGUGGAAGAGAAGAGCCAUGACCUCAUUCAGAAAUGGGAAGAAAAGUCCAGGGAAUUUAUUGGCAACUUUUUAGAGCUGUUUGGACCUGACGGAGCUUGGAAGCAGAUGUUCCAGGAACGCAGCGGCCGAAUGCUCCAGGCUUUUUCUCCCCGGCAGAGCCCAAACAGCAGUCCUACGCGAGGCCGCUCUCCGUCCCGCUCUCCAUCUCCACCCUGGGUCAUCAAUAAGACCUCCCCUCCCUCUUCUCCAAAAGCUGCCUCCGCCUCCCUCAGCAGCAUGAGCGAGGGAGACGAGGAUGAAAAAUAAAAUAUAUAUUUUUUUAACCAUGAGACAGAAGAACAAGCUAUGAACUCAACCAGUGGAUGGGGAGAAGCGUGAGGAACACCGGGGGUAUCUCUGACAGCAGGGAUCGUGCUCUGGGAGAUGUCAAAAACGAACUGGAGCACAGCGAGGGAGAUCUCAGGAAGAGCUUAUCCCAUCCCCACUCCCUGACGGUGCUGGAGGCCCAGCCAGCAGCACUUGUCAGGCACAGCCCCAGGGACUGAGAGAAAUCCACACCCACGUGCAAGUUCCUGCCCCUGUCUUGCUGCUUCCAGCUGCUGCGCCAGGCCAGGCCCGGGACUCUGCACCGAGGGGGGCUGGCAGGAGCAGCCCGGCUGGCUCCUGAUCCAGAGCCAGCACACAGGGAAGUGCUGGCUGCAGCCUGCAGAGAGAGAAGAUGCAGCUGUACCCUACUGACCUUGAGCUCUUCUGGCCCGUGAAGGAAUGGCAUUGCUGCAGCAAAUACGUUGAGAAACUGGGAAUAAAGUUGGGGUUUUUUUUCUUUCUGAAUAACAUCUGCCCCAGAGCCCAAAUCAUGCACUGAAAUGAAGAGAUCUCCAGGCAAGUUGGUGGAAAUCCAUUUAACAAGCCUCUGUGUGGGCUGUAGGUAAGGAGUCAGGCUUUUUGCUUUAUCAAAUCACUCUCCAUGUUCCUAGUGCCUGAACAGCUGCCGAAAUCACUUCUGGUUUGCUCCCUGGCUUUGCACUUCAAUGGCAAGAAAGUAAAUGAAAAGACAGCCAUAGCUGGAAUGUGGUGGUGUAGGAAAUAAGACAGUUUGAAGAUGCUGAUGGUUUUUACUGGUGAAUUACAAAAAUAUCCCAAGGCCUUUGGAUGUGGCCUCCCAGGAGAACCUGCUGCUCCCAGCUACGUAUCCGCAAAUGACAAGCAAACAGUGCUGUUGUCACACGGUACUCGGCCAGUACAAACUUCUCAUCAAACUAAACAAGAUGUGUUCACAGACACACUGCUCCUGCAGAGGAUCCCAAGGCUAUUCCUCUACACAAAUACGGAGAAAAAAACUGAAAAAAAAACCAAACCAAAAAAACAAAGGAAACUUUUUGAACAGAAUUAGUUGCAACUGUUUUCUUUCUCUGUCCAUGACACAUGUACAGCCUCAAGCAGAAACACAGGUGAAGCUCUCCCCUCAAUGCUGAUCUUCCUAGCUGGCAAAGCCAGUCCUGCCUGACAUCUGGUUCCAUGUUCAGUCUCCCAGCUGACAACCUGCUGAGGCGGCUGCGGGAGCUGGCAGGAUUCCUGAGCCCUGGGGCUGCUCUGCCCCACAGCUGCAGGAGACCCCCAGCACUGCGGUGGGGCUGUGCCACUGAUGCCACUUGGCUCCCAGGCUUGUCUGGCACAGCUGCUCAGCGCACAGGCGCGUCUGAGGCUCUCCAGCUCAGCAGCAGCUUUGGUGCCAGGCCAGCAGGGAAAGGCUGCCACUGUCCCUGUCUCACAGGCAGCCUGCUGGGAACAGGCUCAGGCAGCCCGGGAAGGGGGCUGCAGCCUGUGCCACCACUGCCUGCAAUUGCAAACCCACCAGGACACGCUGGCUGCUGUGGGCAGCACUGGUCAGCAUUUGCUGGUUCCCUGCAUGAGCAGCACAGGGAGUGCUGGAGGAGGGAGGGCUCCACGUCUCUCUUGGAAAAAAACUGAGGGACCAAGAUCCCAGGCACAUGAGGUGGUUGUGCUUGCUGGCAGCAGCACGCCCUGGCUGCUGUCCUUACCUCGCCGGGUGGCCUGGUUGGUGGGUAAACACUCUUCCAGAUACUCUCCCGGGCAAGUAAAUUACAGACCUUGGUAUCAGGCACCAAAUUAGUCCCACACUCUGCUCGCUCCCUACAGUUUUCAUCCCUCCUCCACUACGAGGUAACUGAUUUUUCUUUAGCAGCAUUUUGCCAGACACUUCUCAGACCACCACAAGACCAAGUAUACAGCAUCUCAUGCACUUUGUCCUCUGGAGUCAAGCUACUUCCUUCACAGAGCUGCAAAAACAGGUGAGCAGGAAAUAGGGUGGAACGUGCAAAGGGACAGCCACAGAUACUUCAGCUGCCACCAGCUGUGUGCCUGAUGGGAUGAUGCAAUUAAGACCUUUCUCAGCCUUAGGCAACCUGUUACUGUAAUUUCAUACCUGGGAUGCACUUGUUAGUUUUUCUAAUCCUUUGCAAGUCUUAAGUCUUCCCAUCACAAACCACUCCUCCACCACAGGAACUGUCUGCUUCUACUGGUGCUGUUGGACAGACGAGCCAUAUCCAAAUGCAAUGGUGGUGGGCAAGGAUUUGUUGUUCUUGGCUUUUACCGUUGUUUCUUGUUCAUUUUACUUUCCUAGCACUUACUGUUCAGCUGCUCUUGCUCAGUGGUUUAGUGGAGACAGCACCACGACUUGAACGUGGGAACUAGAGAAAAACUCACCAGUGACCUGUUCUUAACAGAAGCUGUUUCUCAGGGUCACAGGUGGCUACCCAGCAACAAAGCCAUAUUCUGUACCAGGUGUCUUGCUUGCAUUUAGGAUAUCACUAAGCUGAAGCCUUUGCCCUGCUGGUACAUUCAUGUGCUGUCUCCUGCAAACCAGACCCUAAUGGUGUCUGGACACGUGGAGGGCAGUUUUGCACUUCUGAGUCAUGGUUGGGUUUCCUUUUCACAAGUAUUGCUUUAAUUAAAUCAGCCAAGCUCCACAUGAACAAUAAAGUGUAUGACAGACACAGCUGCCUCUCCCCUUCAUUUUACAGCAUCUUUGGACACGUGAACACAACCUGCAGAGGAAACCCAGUGAUGGCACAGUGACUGUCAUCCCCAUCCGUGGUAGCCCAGCGCUUUUAGCCCUCACAAAGCCACGAGAGCAGCUCUGCCAACAUGCCCAAAAGGCUGCUACUUGAGUUCUACUGCUCUCUGCACUAACAGGAUCACCUCUCCUUGCCUUUACCUUGCAGCCAGAAAGAUGUGGGUGGAGGUGAGGAAGUGCUUGUCCCAGUUGGAAAGGGGCAGCAUUAGACAUCAGCAGUCUGGUACCUUCUUUACCCAGCCCCAGCACAGUGGAAUCAGGAACCAGUGUUUUAAUUCUUACUUCAAAGUGGAAGAAAGAAACAGUGCUCUUGCAGCCAUUCUGGUUCCACUGCUGAAAACCAUCCCCAGCAACAACCGAGUUGCUCUCGUGGGUGCCAAGAUGAUGUAUGGCUGUGCCAGAUGGAAAAUGGCAGCAGCAAACAUGAGCCACAGGGACAAAUCCUGACACUGGUUCUGGACUUGACUCUUCCCUGAACCAAGUCAGUCUGGUGUACAAAUAUUCCUGCUUUGCUCUUUCCCGUUUGUCCUUUCUGUAAGAAGUCACUACCUGCAGCAGCUCUAAAGAUUAUUUAUUCAACUGUCCUGCCUCAGGCAGGGAGAAGCUGAAACAGCAAACAGAGGCUCAGGACUUCCUAGCCAAGACAUUUUUAAUUACAGAAUAAGCAAAUUUCAAAAUCAUUGAGCACAGGAGAGAAACUAAUGGCACAGAGUCUACACCAAAAUGCUCCCAGACAAUACAAGGUUCCUUCUAUCACCUGAGAUGGAUUUGGGUCUGUUUUCAGCAGUGCCUUGGUACCACUCAGGAGAUGAGUAAGGAACAUCCUUGGGAGUGAGCUUAGUGCCCAGCCCAGCCCAGAGGGGAUCCUUGUUCUGGUUGGUGGCAAACCCCUCAGAACAAGGCAGUCCCUGAACCAACACCAGGCCUGUCAGCUCAGCAGGAAGGAAGGGUUUGAUGCUACAGUAAAUUAGCUUGUAAAAGGGUACCAAACCAUCAUGGAAAGUCUCCUGUGUGAUAGCACAUCAUUCCCUGACCUUCUCAUAAAACAGAGCUGAAAGUGAGGCAGAAAAUGGAGCCAGGGCUUUGCCUCUUGCAUGGAGACCCUUUCAAGUAUCAGACCAUGUUAAGAACUCCUCUUCCCAUUGGAUUUUGACAAGAGCUCGCUUUCCUCUCAAAACACAGUGUGUGCUGCCCAAGCACACACACACAGGUGUUUUCUGCCCUUUUCUUUCCAAAGGGAAGGCUCCUUCCUGGCGUAAGAAAGGGCAGCAUUAGCAUUUCUAAUCCAAAUGGAAAUCAAGGCCACUGCCUCAUGGCUCUUCCUGAGGGGACAAGAGACAGACACAGACUGAAAUAAAAAUAACUGAAAGCCUCUGGACAUGCACUUUCACUGUGCUAAGUGGGGAAUGUGGGACUGAGACUCCAGCAAGAACCGAGGUGCUUCCCAGGACGGGCGCGUUGGCCGGAUCUCGCAGCGGAAGGCAGCAGGCUCCCGUGUUACCACCAGUUCUCAAACACGACACUGAGCUCCCCUGCCCCAGCAGCUAUCCAUGGCCAGUUCAAACAGUUCUUUCACACCUGGUGUCUCCAUCUCCUUUUAGAUACUCUCCUCGACAGCAUCAAUCCCUGCUUCAGCAAGGAACGGGGAACUGCAGGUUCUGAGCCAGGUGAGGCAGUUUUGCCUUUCACAUAAACACAAUUUAAUUUUUUUAAUGUUGAAUGGGAUUUAUCAAGACAAAAAUGUUCCAUUAUCUCAAAACAAUUAUUCCUGUGCCUAAGCACGUGACAGUAGGAACACUCAAAGGGAAAAUCCUCCCUGGUGGCACCAACCAGGCUGCAUGUGCACAUCAAGUCUCACACGUAUUUCAAAUUCUAGGAACAGCUUUGAUGGAAUAAAUUACGUCCUCUUCAGCACAUUUUGUGGUAUUUUCUUACCCUAUUCCUGUGAUUCUCUAAUCAUAUUUCUCUACAAGCACUGGUUUUCCAUAAAAUAAAGAGUCUGUGAACUGCAAAGGCAUCGUCUGCGCAGUGAGCAGAUUAAUUAUAACGUGCUCUUUGCAAGUGACCGGUUCUGAUUACCAACAGGGGAUGUUAUUUCAAUGUUCUGCACACCAUACUGGGCUCCAGCUUUUUCAUUCCAAAACUAACACAUUAACCAGUAGGGAUCCAGUUACUGUGCUACUUGGCCAUACUUAAGAUAGUUUAUAUCAUCAUCAGUUUAAAAGUUAAUGAGCUUGAUUUUUACCAGUGUCCUGAGCUUGCACUUCUACAGUAUGUCAUUAAAAGCCAAAAGCCAAAACAAAAUGGGAAACUACCCCUUGGGGAAAUUUUCAUUUGUUCCACUCAUCCCCCAUUGGUUAUCUAAAAGGCCUCUCACAAAUGAGUGCAUUUGUUCUACAAAAGAACCAACCUAACAUUUUAAAUAUUCAUAUUAUUCACAUGCAAACAAAACUGCAUAAAGCCAUAUCCUGUGUAGAAUUAACAAAAUGCCCCCAGAAUAGCUGGUUCCAAAUUAAAUAUAAUUAAAACAGCAUCACAAAUCUUGGGCUUGUUUUCAUUUCCUUUUUCCCCCUCAAGAAAGCCUUUUCUUCAAAUGACCCCACAGCACAAACCUGGUACCACAGCCACAGAAAGAACAUGAAGAACUGUUAGAAAAACCACAAGCUCACAGUCUGUACCUUUUAAAGAAAGGGAAAAAAAAAUAAUGCUAUGAGGUCAAACACCUCUGUUCUGACAGCUUUAAACUUCCACUUUGGGAAGUCAAAUCAAUUUGUCAUUAAGAAUGUAGAGCUAAACCACACAGGAGCUAAUUAAAACUCAGCCAUUAUGCAGUGAGUGGUGGUGGUACCAUGCCAUCAGAACUGACCCCAGCCAUUCUGAGCUGAAUGAAAUUGCACCCACAGAGAACUACCCAAGAUACCUUCUUGUGUGUUUCACUCAACUGUUUACCAAGAACCCAAAAGUUGAGAUGCAUCAUGCAUUUCAGCUCUAACAGCAAGACAAAAUGCAUUUCAAAAGACCAGAACAAAGCACAACUCCAGCCUCUUCACCCAUCACAAAUGGCUGUUUGUGAAAUAGUCUGCGAGCGGCAGCCGUGUCCAUAGAAGCUGCAGGACCCAGGCAGCUUUCAGGUGCUGCAGCACCAACACAGACACCCGUUCACUGAAGGGACACCCAGAUCUGAACACCAAGAAGGAAGAUUUGUUUCCCUGGGGGGAAAACUUAACCUUUAGUGCAACAACAGAGAGAAACUACCACACAGCUGUGAUUCACACAGAAUCACAGAAUUUCUAGGUUGGAAGAGACCUUUAAGAUCAUCGAGUCCAACCCAUGUUCUAACACCUCAACUAGAUCAUGGCACCAAGGGCCACAUCCAGUCUGUUUUUAAACACAUCCAGGGAUGGUGACUCCACCACCUCCCUGGGCAGAUGAUUCCAGUAUUUGACCACUCUUGCUGUGAAAAAUUUCCUCCUUAAUCCCAGCCUGGAUCUCCCUUGGCGCAGCUUGAGACUGCGUCCUCUUGUUCUGUCUGUUGUUGCCCGGAGAAAGAGACCGACCCCAGCUCAGCACAGCCACCCUUCAGGAAGCUGAAGAGAGUGAUGAGGUCACCUCUGAGUCUCCUUUUCUCCAGGCUGAACAACCCCAGCUCCCCCAGUCGUUCUUCACACAGCUUGUGUUCCAAGCCCCUCUCCAGCCUCGUUGCUCUCCUCUGGACACACAGUGAGACCUUCCUUCACCUGAGUGCAAACCUGACCGUGCCUCGAGUGCUGGACCUCCACCUCCUCAAGGACCCCACAUCAAGCAUUCCAUGUCCACAAAGAGAUUGAUUCAGCGAAGGGGGAGGAGGCAGCUGGAUCAGGCACGGGAGGUGCUAUGGGGCAGCCACGCACCCCCACAGGCCCCAGUCUGCCAGGCCAGCCGAUGGCACAGCGUGCAGCACCAGCCCCCACAGCCACAAGCACUUCCAUGAAACUCCUCUGAAAGUUUCCAAACCAGUCAACGUGGGACCUUGAAAACGGGAAGAACUGAAGCUUUCUUCUGAAAAUGAUCUUUUAAAUCAGUGUAUUGCAGGUGCCUGCACAUUUACUAAUUUCAGGAAAAGGAUCCACAGGGGCAGAUCAAAAUGGAAAAUCGUUUUACAAUAUUCAGUGCUGGCUCCAGCUGCGUGCUGGCACAAGCAGUGAUGUGCCUGCUGCCUUUGGACUAGGAGACACAUCAGGGGAGUAGCUUGGGCCAAAGAAAUACAAAAAUUAAGCAAGUCACUGGGAUAGAAAAGGACUUUGGGAUUGCUGUGGCACCAUUUCUAAAUGGCCGCUGCUCUUAGACAACACACAGCAGGCUUUAUUUACUACACUCCAUCUAACUCCAGAGAAGACAGUACAAAAGCUUCAAGUAAAAACAGCCUCUGAGUUAGAUCAUGGAUAUAAACUGAUCUGACAUUUUUUAAAAGUUUAUUUUUUCCUCUCAAGCAUGCCUGACAUGUUUUAUAUGUCUCACUUCAUUUAAAAACUGUCUACUGCAAGACUUCUUUCCACCAGAAACAACAAACUGAAGUACUGAGUAAGUCUACAGCCAUCUAAAAAAGGCAUGAAUUGUAUAACACAAAACGGAUUCCUUAUUACAAAUUGUUCUCCCACAUAUGCCUGUGUCCUAAAGCCAUAAAUCUUCAUUACACUGCUGCUGCAACUGUUUGCUUUAUCCUCUGCAGGCAGCAACUGUCAAACAUGCAGUACAUGCUGACACAUUUUGCAAUUUUGAGCUCCUUAAUUAACUACUCAACUCCUGUGAAUACCCCGCCAUGGCAAAUGGUAAGCAGUGAGAAAGUACAACACGCAGAUUUCUUCUCAGCUGAAGUUUUAAAAUAAAUUAAGAUCUGAAAGAAAAUUAUCUCAGUUCUAGCAAAAUUCUGGCCAUCUGGAGUCUCAUUUGUUACUUAAUAAGAAAGCUAAUGAGCCAAGUAAGACAGGUCCCCAAGCAUUUUCCUGCUCUGGAACUGCUUGGUAACAAACAUUGGGUUUUUCCAUUUUCUUGAAUAACUUAUGAAUGCAUAUAAAACAUCAUGGAAUGCUGAAGAAAUUUCAAGGUAGAAGCCUUGGGUGUUAUUUAUCUGUUUCUAACAGCUAUUUUGGCUGUCAAGAACAAUCUGAGAAUUAGCUUUUGGGAGGUUUAUGUAGCAGAAAAAAACCCAAACCCAAAAGCUGCUCAUAUGCUAAAACUCCUCUUGAGCUCCCAAGUGCAGCUGUCUGAGGGUGCUCCUCUGUAGGCAUGUGAGAAAUUGACCUCAGACUGCCAAAUCACAAACUGAGCUCCCUAUUGUGUGAAACCAAACCAGUCCCUCAAAAAUGUCAACAUGUAGUUUUUAUGUAAUUUUAUUUGUCAACCACGGAAAGAAAAAAGGAAAAUAAGAGUAUACACAAGUCAAAUACACAGGUAAUAGACUAGAAACAGACAAGUAUCGUAAGAUUCAAAAAUAAAUUUAAAAUAUGGCCAAGUAAUCUCAUGAAAAAACACCUUCUCACUCCUCCAUUACAGGUUUAGUAGAUUCAAACGAUGCCACCUCAGAGGAAAGGCACCACAAGACCACUUUCCCUCGUGGAUGCAGGGUGCAACACAGAGCAGCUCACCAGGAAGAGCUGUCCCAUACCUUGCCCUGGGGACAAAGGGACUUUAUUUCCACCCACAUGACAAACUCAUCACACACCAGUGCAGGGUCAGCACUCCUCCCUGUGAGCUGAGGCCGCCUGCAGCUCCCUGAGGACAAUCCCUGCUGUAGUGCCCAGAGCAGCCAGGGCACUGCCUGGAGCCUGCCCCUGCCUGAUGGGACCUGCACGGGGCGUGCCCUCCAAAGGACAGUGUCCAGGGCGUGCACUCCAAAGGACAGUGUCCAGGGCGUGCACUCCAAAGGACAGUGUCCAGCAGGGCGUGCAUUCCAAAGGACAGUGUCCAGGGCGUGCCCUCCAAAGGACAGUGUCCAGGGCGUGCACUGCAAAGGACAGUGUCCAGCAGGGCGUGCACUCCAAAGGACAGUGUCCAGCAGCUCCUGGCAGUGCUCAGUUCAGAGGAAAAGUUCAAUGAAACAACACCAGAGGACAAUGUCAGAAUGAUCACACACUCAUCAACCCUGCUCGUACUACAUGAAAACCCCUCCAGAUUUAAGAGGCAAACAAGUUCACUAUGCUGAUUUCCGAGGACUUUUAAGGCAAAAUAAUGCUUCAAUUAAAGCACGUGAACUUUAAAGGUUCUUAUUUAUUUUUAAUUAGCCACUUCAAUUACACAAAUCUUUAUUGUUUCAAAUUAAUAUCAACAGCCUGAGUCCUGAUCCUGAGAACAUUCAUUUAAGUGGCAUUCCUCUCAUACACUUUGACUUGUGCAAGUAUUUGCAAGGCUCAGCCCUGAAGCCACUACACAGAUUAUAGCUGUGUUCCUCACUAGUGAACAAACUCAACCUCUGAGUCACUAACACAUGGUUCUGUUAUGUGCCAUCGCAUUCUCUCAACUUCAGCAGAAACACAUUUACAUAUGUGAAUCCACAGACAGGUGUGCAUGCCAGGAAGAAGCAAGGAAGAUCUACCAGAAAGCACAGGAGCCUGGAAACAAGCAAGGAAGGGAACACUGUGCAAUGGGGCACAGUUAUCCUCAAGAUAAAUGCUAACACUGAACACUGAGGCUGUUUUCUACAGGAUUAUUUUCAUGAAUCUUGACCACUUUUGCACCUCCCACGUAAGGAUCUAGAGGAAUGCAUUAAUGUGGUGAGGAGGGAGGAAACUUCUCCCAUGUCAAUGAGGUCACGAUAUCACCUUAAAUACUAUAGGUGGAGGUGAACAGGAGAUUGCACUAAAGAUGACUCUUGCUCACUUCUUGGAGAAUGUGAACAGCUGCUACUGAGGACAAAGAAAAGAAUGCUACCCAGGUGUAGCAGUAAAUGCAGCCUUUCAUGGCCAAAAAGCAGCCUGAGUUUUCCAAGAACGCUGUCAUUAAUAUCCGUAUUCUUUAAGCAUGUGCCAAUGGACCUGCUUUAAACACUGCCCAAGAGGUAGCACAGACUGCAGCAGGACAAAGACUCUCUCUGUGCUCUCCUAGGUCAUCACAGCCAAUUACACGGGCAAACACUGCACCUGAGUUGCAAAAGAAGCAUUUUGGUAUCUUCUGAAUUUUUCUCAUCGAAUGCAGACUCUGAAAGGCUCCUUGUUGCCUUGAAACAAAGCCUAGAAAGGCAGGGAGCAUAUGUACAUGAUUUAGAGAGACUUCUAUUAAUAUUAAACUAGGCAGAGGAUUAAUAAAAUUACAUUCAAGACACAUACACUGGAAAAUGGACACAAUGGACAAAAAGUAAACUGUUUGUUACACUGUGACAUACAGAAGUUGUUUGUAAAUUCUCAGGAAGAAUCAAGGAGCAAACAUCUCCUGUUCAGUUUGUUAAUCAUAAACACAACAGGUAAGGAACAUUUUCACUGAGAACUCUUUUGUAUUUCUGUGUCCUGUCAAGACAAGCAGGUUGCAAUGACAUCAGCAGGCCAUAACUGAAAUUCAUAAAAAGGAAAUAUACUUGUGUAUCAUCAGCAAGUUUGGAAUUAACAGCCCCAAGAUAUUAAAACUUAAUUAGAAGAGAUUCCAAUCAAAGGUAGAAGUAACUGAAAAAAAAAUCUGUAUCUGUAGUUAAACCAGCCAUAUUAAAAACCCACCUGUGCUCGUUUUUCAGGCACAGCCAUUGAAAAACUCUCUCCUAAUUGAAGGUCUGUCGUUGCUGCUUCCUAGAACAGUUUUCGGAUGAAUACCCCUCUGCAGAAACAUGGCAGAAGGACAAUGAGUGGGGGACAACUGAUGGCACACCUGGGACUGCCACUACAGCACAGGCUGCCUGGACAAGGGUGGGGAGGAAAGUUCUCUCUCGUGUUCAUUGUAAUGCCCCCAUAAAGACCUUGGGGAAUGGAAAGAAAACGAAUCCCUCGUGCUCCAGCCUGCUUUGGAGGUGUUUGUACCAGCUCAGGGCUCUUGGAGAUGGGUGCCAUUGCAGGGGAGUUCAGUUGUCAAGCACGGGAGCACUCCAGUCCUGCAAGCAGCCAGUUGUUGUUGUGGAUCAAGUGACAUCACUAACACAGCACAACAUCCUCCACGGGAACCUCAGCUUUGGUUCACCGUUCCCGUGGUUGACAUCCCAUGGCUCCCAUGGCCUCCAUGCACUUCAUGGAAACAAGUCCAGUGUGUCAGCAUCCUUCCUUUGCCUUCUGUUCCCUCUCCUCGUAUAAGGAGACAGCCCAAAACAGUACCAGGUCAGGAUUUACUACUUCAAAAUACAAUUUCUAACAAAAGCUGAAACUCAAGUUUCUUAUGCAGACUACCUUAUUCCUUGGAAUGUUUUGGGUAAUGUUCUACAGAAAGCUGACCACAUGCAACCGAGGAAAUAUUCGUUUCAUCACAGGUUUCUAUCUUUAAGCAAAAUCUCCUCUGCAAUUACUAUAAAACAUGCGCAACUUGAAAUAAUUUUAAAAACAGUAUGAAGUUACAGGAGGUGGGGGCAGAAGAUAAAUGACUAAAUUUUGGUAGACGUGACUUGCAACCAGUGUUCCAGUCAAGCCAUUCCCCUGCUUUCCCCGCAGCCGUACUGCUCGAGUAACACCCUGCCUUCUCUGCAGCAGUGCUGGGAAGCUGCUGCUCUGCAGGCCACCGUGUCACACCCUCACUGUGCCCUGCCACCAUCCUCUGGCCAGGGCCAAACGAGUCCAGUUUGGGAACGGGAGGGCUCCAUCAGUCCCCUCCUCUUCCUGCCUGCGGCAGAGGGGCUCCGAGGGCAGCACUGCCCAGCUGCCCUGCUGCCAGCUGAUCCCCAGGGAAGGGCAGCAGCCCGUGGAGACAAGGAGCAGCUGCUCCCACAGGCCUGAUCCCAGUCCCCGAGUGUGGGAACAGCCACGGGGCCUCGAGCCCCCUGAGCUCACCCUCUGCUCACACAGGCUCGGGAAGUCACGGCAACAGGCGAGGCAAGAACUGCGACUCCUCAGAAGUGGGGCUCUAUGGAGUUUAUUGCUCAAAGCACUUUAUAAUCCUUCAAUGAGAUGUGCUAUGAAGUGCAAAGUACUAUUGUAAAGUCAAACUAAGAUUCUUUUUCUUUUUUUAAAAUACCUAGGAAUUUUUCAGCAUUUCCCUAAUAAAUCAGUUCUUUAUAAAAAUAAAUACUGGGAGGACAAAAGGGACAGUUCCCC